GGCCGGGCCGUGCCCUGGAAGCGGAACCGCGGCUGCGGUGACUUCCUGCCUCGGGAGGAAGGAGCGGCGGUUGAAGUUGCGCGUCGGGGUCUGCGCUGGCCCGAGGCAGCGGCGGCGCCGCCCGGGAGGAUGCGGCGGGCAGAGAUGAAGCCUGGGAAAUCAUCACAUCUAAAGGAUUUACUUGGAGUAAAAGAUCACUGACUUCUACAAUGGAAAAAUCAUGGAUGCUUUGGACCUUUGUUAAAAGAUGGCUACUAGCUUUGGCUUCCUGGUCUUGGAGUCUCUGCCGUAUUUGUCUUUUGCCCUUGAUAGUGACUUUUCACUUGUAUGGAGGCAUUAUACUCCUUAUAUUAAUAUUUGUAUCCAUAGCGGGUAUAUUAUAUAAAUUCCAGGAUGUUCUGCUUUACUUUCCUGAACAGCCCUCUUCAUCACGCCUUUAUGUUCCUAUGCCUACUGGUAUACCACAUGAAAACAUCUUCAUCAAAACCAAAGAUGGAGUUCUUCUCAAUCUUAUUCUGCUGAGAUACACAGGGGACAAUGCAGCGUAUUCUCCAACCAUCAUUUACUUUCAUGGGAAUGCAGGCAACAUUGGCCACAGGUUGCCAAAUGCUUUGUUAAUGCUGGUAAACCUGAAAGUAAACUUAAUUCUGGUCGAUUAUAGAGGGUAUGGCAAAAGCGAAGGAGAAGCAAGCGAAGAAGGCUUGUACUUAGAUUCUGAGGCUGUCUUAGACUAUGUGAUGAGUCGGUCUGAUCUUGAUAAAACGAAAAUUUUUCUUUUUGGCCGUUCCUUGGGGGGAGCAGUAGCUAUUCACUUAGCUUCUGAAAAUUCCCAUAGGAUUUCUGCCAUCGUGGUGGAGAACACCUUUCUUAGCAUCCCAUACAUGGCCAGCACUUUGUUCUCUUUCUUUCCGAUGAGAUAUCUUCCAUUAUGGUGCUACAAAAAUAAAUUUCUAUCCUACAGAAAAAUCUCUCAGUGCAGAAUGCCUUCUCUCUUCAUCUCUGGGUUGUCUGACCAGUUAAUUCCACCAGUUAUGAUGAAGCAACUUUAUGAAUUAUCCCCAGCUCGGACUAAGAGAUUGGCAAUAUUUCCUGAUGGAACUCACAAUGACACUUGGCAGUGCCAGGGUUAUUUCACUGCACUUGAACAGUUCAUCAAAGAAGUAAUAAAGAGUCACUCCCCUGAAGAAAUGGCGAAAACGUCAUCUAACGUAACAAUAAUAUAAUUGAUAUUCUUCUUUGGGAUGGGGUGGGGCAAGUACCGGCGCUGUACCUUGAUUUGUGAUAAGUGGUAAAAGAAUGUCUGUUUUUAAGUGUAUGUCAUGCUUGUACUUGCCUAAAGAGUGAAAUUAAACUUGGAAAGGUCUGAUAUUUUAUUAAGGUGUUCCAGAUAACUUUUACAUUUGCAGCAUUGUAAAUGAACCAUUUUAUGUCUUUCUCAUACUUUUUUGGUAUCUCUGUCCAUAUAUUCCAUUUGUUUGAUAUGUACAACAGAUGCUAUUAAAGAAACUUGCUACAAAAGUAGUACAGAAUGUAUUUAGAACAACGGGAGGCUCUUUGGUAUUCACUGCUAUAUGUGUGAGCUUUUUGGACAGCCAUGGUUAGCACAAUGAUUUGUUGCUUCUCUUAGAGUUUAUUUAAAGUGUGCCAUGCAUGAGAUUAGUGUUUAAUUUCUUGAAAUUUUAUAUUAUGCAAAGUGGGAAGUCUUUAAUGUGCUAAAUAAUAUAAAGUAACAUAAAUGGUAGAGUAUACUUGCAAGUAUACUGUCCUGGGUUAUUACUGGUUUUAUGGUUAUGCAAACUUAGAUAUUUCAAACUGCAGAUGAAGAUGAAAAGAUACUUUCCUUAUUUUCAUUUACUAUUUGUAUUAUAAUAGUGCACAGAAAGUUGUAUGUGCCUAACAUCGUGACUUCAGGAUUUUACCAAGGCAAUUUCUCUAUAGAAAAGAGAAGUAACUUUUUCUGAAAGAGAUCAGUGCCAUCUAAGCUCCUUUCUGCCUCAAGCUCUUCUCAAUAAUGUACAAGUAAACUAUUUGUUAGGACUAGUCUGCUUGUGCAUUUGAGGUUGUAUUUCUUAAGGCAAAAUGGGUGGUCAUACAAGGUAAAAGUAGGUUUUUGUGUUCAGACUUUUAUGCUGGCAUAGGUAAAUGUUUGUGCCCUUUAUUUAUACCUCCUAAAGAAACAAAUUCAAAUAAUUACAAGUGACCACAUGAUUAGAGAUAAAUGUGUACAAUUGUUACAGUAAGGAUAAUGAAAAUGUCCAGAUAGUCCUAGAUGGUCAUAUCAUUGAGGGUAGGAAGGCUCUGCAGAUAGUGAUUGACUGGAGCAACAAGCCAAGGCCAGCUGCAUGAGGUUCAGCAAGACGAAAGGCUGGGUCCUAUGCUUGGGUCACAACAACCCCAUGCAGCACUACAGGCUGGGGAAAGAAUGGCUUGUAAGCUGGUCAGCAGAAAA